UUCCAUCACUACUAGCCUGCCCCCACGGCCACGAAAUACCGUAAAGAAUCAGGGGCCAGACAGACCUGGCCCCCACGGCCACGGCGACUCCGUGGCCUCAUGCGAGGACAGCUAGCCUGCCAUAGAUAGCAGUUGGUCGGCACACCAUGCUGCCGUUCGCGGCCAUCGUGCUCGCCGGAGCGGCCAUCAUGACGACAACCUCCGUCGUCGACGCCCAGAACUCCGCAAAGGACUUCGUGGACCUCCAUAACGCGGCCCGAGCUGACGUCGGCGUCGCCCCUAUCGCGUGGAACAACACGGUGGCGGCCUACGCCCAAACGGUCGCGGCGGAACGGAGUGACAACUGCGCGCUCCUGCAUUCCAACGGCCCCUAUGGCGAGAACAUCUUCUGGGGCAGCGCGGGCGCGAACUGGACGGCCGCCGACGCCGUGGGCGCCUGGGUCGCGGAGAAGCAGUACUACAACUGCAACGACAACUCGUGCAGCGCCGGACAGUCUUGCGGGCACUACACCCAGGUGGUGUGGGCGAACAGCAUCAAGCUCGGGUGUGCCAUGGUGGUCUGCGACAGCCAACGUGGUAUGUUCAUCGUCUGCGAGUACGAGCCCAGAGGGAACGUGCUGGGUGUCCCACCAUACGCAACCUGCGGACAGUUCAACCGGUCAGAUAACGGGAAUGGCAAUAGCCCCAAGGUAAAUGGCAAUAGCACAAGUAGAAACAGCAGCAGCAACCCAAGCAAAAAUAAGAGUAAUACUCCGAUCCUGCAAAUUAUCCUUCCUGUGGUUACAGUUCUUGGCUUAAUAUCAGCUAUUUUGAUGAAUAUACGGAGAAGAUCAAGGCAAAAGAAGAGAAAACUCUCAUGUGCACCUAGUUCAGAGGAUAUUGAGGAACUUAAGUCAGUGCUGCUGGAUGUAUCCAUCAUCAGAGCAGCAACACAAAAUUUUGCCGAAGAAAAUAAACUGGGUGAAGGAGGCUUUGGGCAAGUCUACAAGGGUUUGAUGCCAGAUGGACAAGAAAUAGCUGUAAAGAGACUUGCUAGGGGUUCUAAGCAGGGCUUGCGUGAGCUAAAAAAUGAGCUGUUAUUAGUUGCCAAGCUCCAACACCGGAAUCUCGUGAAACUAAUUGGUGCCUGCCUGGAUGGAGACGAGAAGUUGCUUGUUUAUGAAUACGUUCCAAAUAAAAGCCUGGACACAUUAAUUUACGAUGAUGAAAAGCGUGACAAUAUGGCUAGGGACACAAGGUACAGGAUAAUUUGUGGCAUCGCUCGAGGCUUGGUAUAUCUACACGAUGAGUCCCGUGUGAAAGUAAUACACAGAGAUUUGAAGCCAAGCAAUAUUUUAUUAGAAAUGGAUAUGAAUCCAAAGAUAUCUGACUUCGGGUUGGCAAGUGUGUUCGAGAACGAUCACUCAAAGCAUAUCACAAGAAGAGUCGCUGGAACCUAUGGAUAUAUGGCACCUGAAUAUGCGGUUCUUGGACAUGUUUCUACCAAAUCAGAUGUCUUUAGCUUCGGAGUGAUUAUCCUGGAAAUUGUGACUGGAAGAAAAAACAGUGUCUCCUCGUCGGAAGCAACGAUGGCUCGGCAUCUAUUAAGCUAUGUAUGGGAAAAUUGGACCAAGGGAACAAUUACAGAGAUAGUUGAUCCAUCAUUGCGACGUAGUUGUGCUGAAAAUAUGGUUCUCAAGUGCACACACAUUGGGCUAUUAUGUGUCCAAGAAAAUCCAAGUGAUAGACCCAACAUGUCACGUGUGAUCCUAAUGCUCGUUGGAAGGUCUACUACCUUGCCGCCUCCUUCUAGGCCUGCAUUUCUCUUUAGGUUGGACGACGCAGAUCAAUCCAAUCAUAGGUUGGACGGCGUGGAUCAGUCCCAUUAUGAAGGUGCUCUUGACCUACAAGGACGCUCAAACAAAUCAAAUUUAUCACUCAAUAAGGUGACGAUCACAGAACUUGAACCAAGAUAGUCCCAAUUUUAUAUUAGCUACUAGAGUAGAAAAAGUUUGGAAGAAAAAAAUCAUUCGAGCAAGCAAAGUGUAUGCAUAUAUAGUAUAAACAUCUGCAAAUUGGAUAAAUUAUAGUACAGAUCGUUUAGUCUCGGACGCAAAUAUAGCUAGUGCAGGCAAGGCAUGAGACCGUCUCUGGACAUCCGGAGUGAGGAAGUUAAAAGGGAAUGCUGUUAUAUCUGUCAAAGAUUCUGCACGGCAGACUGCGGCGCGGUUAGCAAUCUCAAAACUUAAAAAAAAGAUUUUGCACGCAA